AUGGUCCGCAUCGCUGCUGCCGCCGUCCUGGCCUUCGCCGUCUCUACCAUGGCUCUCUCCGAAGCCGUCCCCGCCAACGCCGCCGCCCUGCGCGCCCGCCAGGACGCCGAGGAGGUCCCCAAGCCCGAGACCCCCGCCGCCGACUCCCCCGAGGACUUCAAGAAGUGGAUGGAGUCCAUCGCCGAGACCGCCGCCAUGCUUCAGAAGCUGGCCCUGGAGGCGGCUGAGAACCACGGCAAGACCGAGUAA